GCCUGUUUCGACGCCAAAGGAGCUUUGGUCUUGACGUGGAAGCUACAAUUCCCCCCCGCAACUACCACGCACCAUACAAGGCGAUUAGCAUCCAGUCCAAAAUGGCGUUGAAUCUCGAUCUCUCGAAUGCGGCGGUGAUGAAGGAUGAGCAGGGUCGUCCAUUCAUCGUUGUGAGGGACCAGGGCAAGAAGAAGCGGCAGUACGGCAACGAAGCCGUCAAGUCUCAUAUCCUCGCGGCCCGCACAGUUGCGAACAUCAUCAAGACCUCAUUAGGGCCGCGUGGCCUUGACAAGAUCCUCAUCUCUCCUGACGGCGAUAUCACGGUAACAAACGAUGGCGCGACUAUCCUGCAGCAGAUGGAGAUCACGAACCACGUCGCCAAGCUGCUGGUAGAGCUUUCCAAGUCACAAGACGACGAGAUUGGCGAUGGCACCACCGGUGUCGUUGUCCUGGCUGGCGCUUUGCUGGAGCAGGCCGCAGAGCUUAUCGACAAGGGCAUCCACCCCAUCAGGAUUGCAGACGGUUACGAUCAAGCUUGCGACAUUGCCGUUGCCGAGCUCGACAGGAUUUCCGACGUUAUUGAGUUUAGCAGGGAGGAGAAGGCAAACCUUGUCAAGGUGGCGAGGACAAGCUUGGGCAGCAAGAUCGUCUCCAAGGCGCACGAUCAGUUCGCCAACAUUGCUGUGGAUGCAGUGCUCUCCGUUGCAGACCUAGAGCGAAAAGACGUUGACUUUGAAUUAAUCAAGGUGGAUGGCAAGAUGGGCGGUGCCCUCGAGGACACGAUCCUUGUAAAAGGGGUCAUUAUAGACAAGGAUUUCUCGCACCCACAGAUGCCUUCCGAGGUGCGCGACGCAAAGAUCGCCAUUCUUACAUGCGCUUUCGAGCCCCCCAAACCCAAGACGAAGCAUAAGCUUGAGAUCAGCAGCGUGGAGGAGUUCAAGAAGCUGCAAACCUACGAGCGGGAGAAGUUUAUCGAAAUGAUUCAGCAAAUAAAGGACGCGGGCGCGAAUCUGGCCAUCUGCCAAUGGGGAUUCGAUGAUGAAGCCAACCACCUCCUCCUUCAGAACGACCUUCCUGCGGUAAGGUGGGUGGGCGGUCCGGAGAUCGAGCUGAUUGCCAUCGCCACCAACGGACGCAUCGUGCCACGCUUUGAGGACCUUAAGCCGGAGAAACUGGGUACCGCUGGUAUCGUGCGGGAGAUGACCUUUGGCACAACAAGAGAGAAGAUGCUCGUUAUCGAGGAAUGCGCCAACACGCGGGCAGUCACAAUUUUCGUCAGGGGAAGCAACAAGAUGAUUAUUGACGAGGCCAAGCGGUCGCUGCACGACGCCCUCUGCGUGGUCCGCAACCUGGUGCGCGACAACCGCGUGGUCUACGGAGGCGGCGCCGCCGAGAUUGCCUGCAGUCUCGCGGUCGAGGACGCGGCCGUCAAGACACCCGGCCUGGAGCAGUACGCGAUGCGCGCCUUUGCCGAGGCUCUCGACGCCAUACCCAUGGCGCUGGCCGAGAACAGCGGGUUGAGCCCCAUCGCCACGCUCGCCGAGGUCAAGAGCCAGCAGGUCAAGACGCCGGCUGGCCGCGGCCGCCUCGGGGUUGACUGUAUGGGCCGGGGGUCCAACGACAUGAAGGAGGCGUUUGUGAUUGACCCGCUUAUUGGCAAGAAGCAGCAGCUCAUGUUGGCGACACAGCUUUGCCGGAUGGUGCUCAAGGUGAAUAAUGUCAUUGUGUCCGGGUCGGGCGAGGAGGACUUCUGAGGAGGCAGUAAAAAUUAGAAAUGUUAGACCUCCUGGCAAGGGCAGCUUCUGAUAGACACCCGGAGGCAGUGAUACAUGCAUGAAUGUACGAAAUGAAGCGCACGCUAUGUGAAUUUCUCCCGUGGUAUCUCAACCUACAUCCUUGAACUGACUAACAGAUCAGUCA